AUGGAUGUACAUCCUCCUCUGGCCAAAAUGCUGUAUGCAGUUGUUGGCUGGUUCGCCGGUUAUGAUGGCGAGUUCGAAUUUUCUGAUAUCGGUGUUGAAUAUACCACUUCGGAAAACUAUGUUCCUUAUAUUGCCAUGAGAACAUUCCCAGCAGUUCUCGGUGUUCUUACUAUUAUGUUAUCGUACUCGACUCUGCGUGCUAGUGGUGUUAAGCCUUUGAUUGCUUUAUUUGGUAGUGCUCUUAUGACUUUUGAUAAUGCCCUGGCUACUCAGUCUAGAUACAUUCUUUUGGAUUCUCCUCUUGUUUUCUUCAUUGCUAUUACUGCUUAUGGAUUCAAGAAGUUCGAGAAUGAGGUGCCUUUUACCAAGGAUUGGUAUAGAUACUUGUUUUUGACUGGUCUUGGUUUGGGUGCUACUGUCAGUUCUAAAUGGGUCGGUUUGUUCACUAUUGGAUGGGUCGGUGCUUUGACUUUGUACCAAUUAUGGUGGUUAUUAGGCGACUUGAAUGUCAGUUAUAAAAAGUUCUUGGCUCAUUUCGGCGCUCGCGUGGUGUUUUUGAUUAUUGUUCCUAUUGUAUUCUAUGUUGGCAUGUUUGCCCUGCACUUUAUCUGUUUGUCUAAUACUGGAGAUGGUGCUAGUUUCAUGUCUCCCGAAUUCCAAUCCACUUUACAACAUACUAACUUGGCUCAUGAUAUUCCUGCUGAUGUGGCUUUUGGCAGUGAGAUUGCUCUUCGUCAUUGGAAUACUCAAGGCGGUUAUUUACACUCGCAUGACCACAUGUAUGCUACUGGAUCCAAGCAACAACAGGUUACUUUAUAUCCUCACAAGGAUCAUAAUAACGCCUGGGUUCUUGAAAAUGCUACUGCUUUAGAGGAGUAUGAGACUGAUGCUCAUGGAAACAUUACUGCUACUAAUUACUUGAAACCCCCUGUGUUUAUUAAAGACGGUGCUAUUGUUAAGCUUCGUCACAAGUCGACUUUCCGUAGACUGCAUUCUCACGAUGUUCGACCUCCUGUGUCUGAACAAGAACAUCAUAAUGAGGUGUCUGCUUAUGGAUAUGAGGGUUUUGAUGGUGAUGCUAAUGAUAACUUUAGAGUCGAGAUUCUCGAAAAGUACAGUGAGCCUGGUGUGGCCAGAGAACGGGUUCGUACCUUGCAAACCAAGUUCAGACUUGUUCAUACUAUGACUGGAUGUCAUUUGUUCUCGCACGCUGUUAAGCUUCCUAAGUGGGCUUUUGAACAACAGGAGGUCACCUGUAUCAAGGGAGGUACUUUGCCCAACACCAUUUGGUAUGUGGAGGAUAAUGUGAACGCUGAGUUGGGUCCUGAUGCCGAGCUUGUCAGCUAUAGAAAACCUUCGUUUUUCGAAAAGUUUAUCGAAUUGAACAAAGUCAUGUGGAAGGUUAAUGCUGGUCUUACUGAUACCCAUGCCUGGCAAUCUCGUCCUGAAUCCUGGCCUUUGAUGCAAAGAGGUAUCAACUUCUGGGUCAAGGACUACCGUCAAGUUUAUCUUAUUGGAAACGGAGUCACUUGGUGGACUCUCAGUUUGUUGGUUGUGCUGUAUGUUUCUUACAAGGCAUUCUGGGUUCUCAGCUGGCAACGAAAUGUAAUUCAAUUCUACAAUGAUCCUGACUAUGCUUUGUACGAUUCGAAUGUUGGUAGUUAUUUGCUUGGUUGGGCGUUCCACUAUUUCCCAUCGUUCCUCAUGGACCGUCAAUUGUUCCUGCACCACUAUCUUGGCUCAGUAUUUUUCGGAAUCCUCGCACUUGCUCAGGCAUGGCAGUUCCUUACCACCCGUCUUAUUCGCAACAAACUUGUUGGACAUGCUCUUACAGUCAUUUUCUUCUCUGGUGCUUUAGCGUGGUACAUCUGGUAUUCCCCCCUGAUCUACGGCUUGCCCUGGACUAAGGAUCUCUGUAACCAAUCCAAGUUCUUUGACAUGGACUUUAGUUGUGACAGUUUCCACGGUACCUAUGCUGAAUACGAUAUCAUCACCCGUAAGCGAAGUGUUCACUACAACGAGAAGUCGUCUUCUUCGAGCCCUGAGGUUGCUGAGUCUGUUGCUGCUCCCGAAGAAGCUGCUGCUCAAAACGUCGAGCCUGUUGCACAACCCAACGAAUCAUCUGGUAUCAUUGAGCAACCCGAGUACAAAGAAUACGACUACGAUGUCGAGAACCCCAGUCCUGUGGAGAAUCCCAUUCCCAGUGAGACUGCUGAAGACGAAGACAACUUAAGAGAGUCGUCUAACGACGGUGAAGGAGUCUCCGAGUUCGAAGCCGCCAAAUCUGAAGCACCCUCUGAAUUUGAGACCACUCCAGCCCCAGUAAUCAAAGAGUCUCCUGUCAGUUUCACCCGAACCCUCAAAAAGAUCACCUACCGCGACGAAGACGGAAACCCCAUUGACCGGGCGGCUGCCGAAAAGCUCAUUGAAAAGUACAAAAAGGGUGCCGUUUCCCCCGCUCCUGCCGCUCCUGCUGCUGGAUCUCCAGCUCCCGAGCCAGAAUCCUCUGAACCAGCUGCCGAGCCAGCUGCCGAGCCCGUUCCGGAACCUGUUCCCGAACCUGAGCCGGUCGAGCCUGCCGUCGAGGAAGCAGUCGUCCCCGAAGACGUCCCCGAUAACGUCCCAGAAGAAGAGACCGGUGCUGCUGAGGUCUAA